AUGCAGGCUUCCGCCAACAAGCGGCGGCGUCAUGUCGAGUUCGAAGAGGGUGACUUGGUGUGGUUGAAACUUCAGCCCUAUCGCCAACAUUCGGUGGCCAGGCCACUGUCGGCCAAAUUGGCAAGACGUUACUAUGGGCCGUUUGAGAUCUUGGAACGAGUAGGGCCAGUGGCGUACCGCCUGCGCCUUCUGGAAGGGAGUCACAUCCAUGACGUCUUUCACGUAAGUCAACUGCGUGAAUUUGUGGCAGGGGAAGGAUCAAUGUCCCACGUUCCACUUCCAAGCGAUUUUAUAGGUGACCGUCCAAUUGUGCAACCGGUGGCCUUUGUGGAGUCACAGGUCAUGUGGCACAAUGGAAAAGCUGUUGAGCACGUACUGGUCCGUUGGUCCGACGGGUCGGAAUCUCCGUCUUUGGAGCCGUUAGAGGAGAUUCGCAAGCGUUUUCCCAACCUCCACCUUGAGGUCAAGGAUGAUGUUAAGAUGGUGGGAGUUGAUACGGAUUCCCAUGCAGCAGAGGAGCCAGCUGUUGCCAAGGAACCGAGGGCUGUUACGGAGACACCGUCGCAGCAGCAAAGGGAGACAGAAGACGUAGCAGCGACGAGAACCUUGAGGUCGCGGGAUCGAAUCAAGCCGCCGAGGAAGUACACGGCUUAA